UUCCACAGAAAUAGUUUUUCUUUUCUUUUUUUUAUAGUUUGGUUCUGGAGUUGGUGUGUUUUCACCUAUUGUCCUGAUCCCAUGUGACAUAAAGGGGAGGGCAUGGGGUUUCAAACAGCAGGGAAAAGGGGUUACAAAAGAAUGUGCUAAACAGAGCAGCAGUGUGUGAGCAAGCCGAGUGAAGCAGCAGAAGUCGGCAUGAAGUUAAGUUGAAUGAAAGCCACAAUGAAUCUGACAGAAGUCAACGAGGGACUAGCUAACAUCUACAAUGGAAAUGUCUCUGAAGGCAAUGGAAGUACGAGUAUCCUGUCCAUCCCCCUCGCCCUAAACAAAGUCUUAGAUAUCUUCGUCAUCAUCAUCCUCCUUAUCACCAUGAUAUCCCUUGGCUGUACAAUGGAGAUUUCCAAAAUUAAAAACCAUCUUUUAAAGCCAAAAGGAAUUGCCAUUGCGCUGUUGGCCCAGUUCGGCAUCAUGCCCUUGACUGCUUUCUGUCUAGGCAAAAUCCUACAGAUGGAUCCCAUUAAAGCUGUGACUGUGCUCAUCUGUGGCUGCUGCCCCGGAGGAAGCUUAUCAAACAUUUUUUCCCUGGCCAUUAAGGGUGACAUGAACCUCAGCAUCGUAAUGACUACUUGCUCCAGUUUCAUGGCCCUGGGUCUGAUGCCUUUGCUGCUCUAUCUCUUCUGUCAAGGCUUCACCGGUCUGCAAAAUGCUGUACCAUACAGCAGCAUCAUCACCGCUCUCGUUCUCACUUUGGUGCCUUGUGCCAUUGGUAUUGGCAUUAAUCACUACAAACCAAACUAUACACCAGUCGUGAAAAAAACUGGUGUCAGCAUCCUGAUCAUGUCCGCCAUCAUAGUGGCCAUCCUGUCUGGCAUCGCCGUCAAAAACAUGAUAUGGAUGAUCCUCACACCUGAUAUGCUGUCAGUAGCUGCACUAAUGCCACUGAGUGGCUUCAUGCUGGGAUAUGUCAUAUCUAUUAUAUGCGGACUCAGUCCACAAUGCAGCAGGACUGUCGCCAUGGAAACAGGGUGUCAAAACAUCCAGCUGUGCGCUGUCAUCCUAAAGGUGGCCUUUUCCCCGGAGAUCAUUGGACCCAUGUUCCUCUUCCCUCUGAUAUACAUAACUUUCCAGUGUACUGAGGCCCUUAUCCUGGCCGGGUGCUUCAGAUGUUACCAAACAUUCAAGCGACCAGCUGAAGAUGCAUACAACAGUGUUGACAUUAAACAAGUGGAGCUGAAACAGCCAUGACAGCAUCA